GGAAGUAGGCAGAAGUUUCUCAAAAUGAGGAAGUCUGCAUAUAGUUCCAUUUACUUACUGAAGUUUGUGUCAGUUCAAUAACAGCAACACAAAGGUGAAAAACUAUUCAGUACAUCAGUAUUCGCUCAAACUUUCAGUUUACACUUAGCGCUUGCGUUCCUGAAUUGGCAGCUUCUCUUGAACUAUCCACUGAGUUUUUGGUCAUACCACAUCCUGUUGAGUUCGACAGCUAUUUGAACAUGGUAUAUAGUCACUGUCCAAAGUGAGGGGAGUCGAACACUUUGUGAGGUUAUUAGCUGUCCUCUAAGCUUUCUGCAGACAGUCGAACAGAUAUGGCGGACAGGGUGCAGGUGCUGCCGUACUUCUUCGGCAACAUCACGCGAGAAGAGGCAGAGGAAUACCUGAGGCAAGGAGGAGCAGGAGACGGCCUGUACCUGCUGCGCCAGAGCCGCAGUUUCCUUGGCGGAUUUGCCCUGUCGGUGGCCUACGGCCGCCAGUUCUACCACUACACCAUCGAGAGGGAGAUGAAUGACACCUACGCCAUCGCCGGCGGCAAAUCUCACAGAACCCCGAUAGAUGUGAUCGACUAUCACUCACAGGAGUCCGACGGGCUCGUCUGCCUGCUGAAAAAGCCCUUUAACCGGCCGCGGGGCACAGAGCCUAAAGUCGGGCCGUUUGAAGACCUGAAAGAGCAGCUCAUCAGGCAGUAUGUCAAACAAACCUGGAAUUUACAGGGUUCAGCUCUGGAGCAGGCUAUCAUCAGCCAGCGGCCUCAGCUGGAGAAACUCAUCGCCACAACAGCUCAUGAGAAGAUGCCGUGGUUCCACGGCAAGAUCGACCGUGAAGACUCAGAGAUGCGGCUGCUCAGGAGCUCACACGUCAACGGCAAAUUCCUAAUUAGACAAAGAGAAAACAAUGGCAGAAACGUGUCUUAUGCACUGUGUCUCCUGCAUAAUAACCAAGUCAUGCACUAUCGUAUUGAUAAGGACAAGGCUGGCAAACUCUCCAUUCCUGAUGGGAAGAAGUUCGACACACUUUGGCAGCUGGUAGAACAUUAUUCGUACAAGCCUGACGGCCUGCUGCGAGUGCUUACCGAGACCUGCCCGAGACCUACAAACAACUCAGACCAAGGUGCCACAGGUGGGAUUCUCUCCAGAAUCAAAUCAUACUCCUUCCCCAAACCUGGCCAAAAAAAGGGUCUUUCUGAAAAUCCAUAUAACUUUAGAACAAUCUUCAGAGGUGAACUUCCUAAGCCUAAUCUCUUCAACACAGCAGAGGCUAUGCCAAUGGACACGCAGGUGUACGAAAGUCCAUAUGCAGAUCCUGAAGAGCUGCGUUCAACGACAGUGAAGCGAAGCGACCUGACUCUAGAAGAUGGAGAGUUGGGCUCAGGUAACUUCGGCACUGUCUUGAGAGGAGUCUACCAGAUGAAAAAGACACAGAAGAUUGUUGCUGUUAAGAUUCUGAAGAACGACGAUAACAACGCAGCGGUAAAGGAUGAGAUGCUGCGGGAAGCGAGCGUCAUGCAGCAGCUGGAUAACCCGUACAUCGUUCGCAUGAUCGGCAUCUGUGAAGCUGAGAACCUCAUGUUGGUCAUGGAGCUCGCGGAGCUGGGGCCCCUGCACAAGUACCUACAGAAGAACAAACACAUCUCUAUGAAGAACAUCACAGAGCUGGUUCAUCAGGUCUCUAUGGGAAUGAAAUAUCUGGAAGAGCAUAACUUUGUUCAUAGAGAUCUUGCAGCCAGGAACGUGCUUUUAGUCACUCAGCACUAUGCCAAGAUCAGCGACUUUGGACUCUCUAAAGCCCUGACAGAAGAUGAGAACUAUUACAAGGCCAAAGGUCAUGGUAAAUGGCCGCUGAAGUGGUACGCUCCAGAGUGCAUUAACUACCUGAGGUUCUCGUCCAAGAGCGACGUGUGGAGUUUCGGAGUCCUGAUGUGGGAGGCCUUUUCAUAUGGACAGAAACCAUAUAAGGGUAUGAAAGGAAAUGAAGUCAUCCCAAUGAUAGAGAGUGGAGAGAGAAUGUCCGCUCCACCCAACUGCCCGUCUGAGAUGUACGACCUCAUGAAGAAAUGCUGGACAUACAAGGCGGAAGAGAGACCUGGAUUUUCGGUAGUUGAACCCAGAUUGCGGCAUUACUAUUAUGACAUAUCUCAGUGAUGAGCAAACCCACAGCACAUGCACAAUUAUACAACACAGUAUUUCAUAAAAGUCAGUAUGCGGUGGUAUAGUAAUUUUUUGCCACUUUCAUUGACAUUUCAUGAUAAUAUUUUUUUUUCCUCCAUCACUGGUGCGAAUUCAAAUUAGAUGAUUGACAACAUUUUAUUUUGAAUCAUUUGAAGCAAUAACUCAUCUUGUAUUAUUUGAACUUGAAUAUUAUAUUAUUUCGUAUUAUUUGAAGCUAUUUUUGUUAGAAACUAUACAAACUGGAUUAAUAAGCAAAAAGCUUUUAUUAAAUGGAUAUUGGAUUUUGCUUCUAAAAGCAUGUUUAGAGAGAACAUCAGUGUUUUGUUUUGUUUUUGAUCAGUAUUUUAGAUGUAACAGCAAUACCAAUUAACAGAAGGAUGACUGGUCAAGAGCCAGACAUGUCUACAAUAUUCUCAUUCCUUUCUGUCUUUCAGUUUUGUACACAUUUACUUGGAUUUUGUCAUUAUCUAAGUGCCAAAUUUUUUUUUUAAUAUUAAGUGUAUGGUUAAAAGGUUGAGUGUACAUAAACUGGUUAAACAUUCAUUUUAUGUGUGGGCAGUGUUUACUUCACAUGAUCAGGUACAGUGUAAGCGUAUAUUUUGCAUGUCGUCGAUGACAGUCUAAGCAAGGUCUUCAUCAGUAAACUCUUAGGAUUUGUUUUCUCCUGUCAUAUGUGAAUUCAUUGCAUUCAUUGUCAUUUGUCAGCUUGAUUCAUUCACUCCAGACUUUGUACAAGCUUGAUAACUGUACAGCAUGGCAUGACACAUUAAAAUCUUGCUCUUCCUUAGUUUGAUGAUAUUGAUAAAUGAUAUUCAGCAAACAGAACUUGUAAGGCUGCAAUAAGAUUGUCAAAUAUGCUUUAAAAAUAAAGUCAUUUAUAAC